GAAUUGAAAGUACGCCAUAAAUAUGGCGCCAAAAGAGUUUUCAAGCUGAUUUUCCUCCUUUUUCUCUCGGAUUUUUUUGGUGCGGGCAGGGAGGAGGGAGGAAAGGAGGAAAGGGGGAGCGAGGCUGCGCGUGCGUCGGUGCGUGCGUGCGUGCGGAGCGGUGCACGUCCACCGGCCCCACAACUGGAAGCGACGGGCGCAGCGUUUCACGUUUGAAGGAGGGACGUUGCGAAACUGGCUCGCGUUUUAUUCUGACUCAUCGUUUGGAAACAGUUCAAGCUUUUCUACCUUUUCUAGCGCCCCCCCCCUCCUCCGGCCCGCGCGCCCCCUCCUCCCGGACCGCUGGCACCGGGGAGGACGGCACGUUCGGGUUUCUGACACCACGUUUGGGGCUUUUGCGAAAUGCGACAUGCUUUUCCUGUGAGCGCCGCGUCGCGCGCACCUCGCAGCAGCUCGAGCGCCAGCAGCGGCGGGACCAGCGGCGGCUUCGCUGACUUUUUGAAAGCCUCCAACUCUUGUCUGGCCGCUACUUUUUGCGGAUUUUCCCUCGGACUUACGCUCGGACCUCGCGGGGCGGACGCGCUGUCAGGACGCGCGGUGAGGAGCGACGGCGCUGUCGCCGCGCGGACCCACGGUCGCGGGCGGCCGCGCAGCAGCGCCGCUAGCCGCCUGCCAAGGCACCGAGCGGGCACAGACGGCAGCCGGAGCCUCCCCCGUUGAACUACAUGCGCCUGGAAGCCAAUGAUCUAAUCCGUGGGAAUCGCCCGCCGUCCAGGACCGAGGACGUCUCUGCGCCCAAUGCUGACUGCGAUCAAGAUGGAGAGCGAGAGGAAGAGGAGGAAAUACUCCACGAGCAGCAACGACUCAGACACCACCGACAGUCAGGUGACUUCGUGGUCCAGGUCGUCCCAGAACGCGGGCACCAGCAGCACGUGGGUCCGAAGGCAGCACAAGAAACCAUCAGAGGUGUUUCGCACUGACUUCAUCACAGCCAUGAAGCUGCCGGACUCGGCCCAGCUCGGCCUGGACGACUUCUACGUGCUCUCAGACCCCUGGAGGCAGGAGUGGGAGAAGGGAGUGCAGGUUCCUGCCAACCUGGAGGCCAUUCCAGUGCCUGUGGUCAGGUUGCUGCCGGACUCCAGCCACAGCAGCAGGCAGGAGGAGGGUGAAGGCCAGCGCCCCCCCACGCAGCUCUACAGCCUCUAUGACCUGGACGACCUGGACGUGGCCUGGCUGGAGCUGGUCAACCAGGAGUUCAAGCAGAUGGGUUUGCCCGAGCUGGACGAGCUGACGAUGGAGUGCGUCCUGGUGGAGCUGGAGAGCGUGUGCGAGGAGAAGAUGCAGCAGGCCAUCGAGACGGAGGAAGGCCUGGGCAUCGAGUACGACGAGGACGUGGUGUGCGACGUGUGCCGCUCGCCGGAGGGGGAGGACGGCAACGAGAUGGUGUUCUGCGACAAGUGCAACGUCUGCGUGCAUCAGGCCUGCUACGGCAUCCUGAAGGUGCCGCAGGGCAACUGGCUGUGUCGGACCUGCGCCCUGGGCGUCCAGCCCAAGUGUCUGCUCUGCCCCAAGAGGGGGGGGGCCCUGAAGCCCACCCGCAGUGGAACCAAGUGGGUCCACGUCAGCUGUGCCUUAUGGAUCCCUGAGGUGAGUAUAGGCUGUCCAGAGAAGAUGGAGCCCAUUACCAAGGUGUCCCACAUCCCCGCCAGCCGCUGGGCUCUGUCCUGCAGCCUGUGCCGAGAGCACACAGGAACCUGCAUCCAGUGCUCCAUGCCCUCCUGCAUUGUGGCCUUCCACGUGACCUGCGCCUUCGACCACGGCCUGGAGAUGAGGACCCUCCUGGCCGAGAACGACGAGGUGCGCUUCAAGUCCUUCUGCCUGGAGCACAGCUGCAACAGCAGCGCCAGUCUGACCAGUCUGACCAGUCUGACCAGUGUGAGCAACGGCACCCACACCGCCACCAACGCAGCAUACCGGGCCGCCGCGGGCCUGGGUUCCGAGCUCCGGCCGGACCAGCAGCGCCAGCCCAACGGCAGCGGCGACCCGGAGCUCCGCUCGGCCUCGUACCCGGUUCCCGUGUCGGCGUCGGAGCGGGCCGAGCGAGAGCAGCUGGAGAGGGAGAAGGUGAGCCAGAGGAAGCAGAAGCUCCAGGAGCUGGAGGACGAGUUCUACCGGCUGGUGGACCCCAGGGAGGUGGCAGAAAACCUGGGGCUGCCUGUUUCCCAGCUGGACUAUUUGUACCAGUUCUGGAAGGUGAAGAGGAAGUCCAACUUCAACCGACCUCUGGUGACCUUAAAGAGGGAUGAAGUGGACAACCUGGCGCAGCAGGAGCAGGACGUGCUCUACAGACGCCUCAAGCUCUUCACACACCUGCGUCAGGAUCUGGAGAGGGUGCGGAACCUGUGUUACAUGGUGACACGGAGGGAGAGGAUGAAGCACAGCCUGUGCGACCUGCAGGAGAAGAUCUUCCACCUGCAGAUCCAGCUGCUGGAGGAGGACAUGGCCGGAGAGAAAACCCAGAAGGGAGAAAAGAGGAAGCAGAAUGGAGUGAAGGAGAAAGGGAAGGAGAGAAGGAAGAGUAGCCCUGAGAAGAAAAAGGAGAGAUGGAAGUCAGAGAGCGGCUCGCUGCUCACACAGCUAGGUCUGUCCAAGUCCUUCCCGCUGGACAACUCUUUGUUCGACAGCUGGCUCGCCCAGUCGGUCCAAAUCACGGCCGACGACAUGCUGAGCCAGUGGGCGCUCGCCGACCAGCACGGGGACAAGAGCGGCAGCCUGCUGUCGGACCAGCUCCUGCAAGGGGAGGAGAGCCUGUUGAACCUAAUGAUGGAGAAUUCCAUGCAGUCCACCUGGAAAACGCCCCAGCUGGGCCGUAAACCGCGGGCCAGCCCGAAGCCCCGUGCCCGUGGGCAGCCGGGCCCGGCCCAGAACCAGGCGCCGGUGUCCACAGCCGCUGCCUCCGCCGCCUGCUCUCCGUCCACUGCCACGAGCCUCUGGGCGAGCGUGACCGAGGACAACGGCGCCGCCGGCCGCAGAGGGGAGCGGUCCCAGGGCUCCUCCCGGGCUCUGCACCACCACCACCAGACCCGGAGCUCCGACCUGCACAAGGACCCGGCGCCCCAGCCGCCCAUCUCCAAAAUGGAUUCCUGUCAUAUAUCAGAAGAGCGGGGCCCCUGGGACAGCGCUCACGCUGGAAACGGGCUUUCGUCCGGGGCCGGUUUCACCGCAAGCCCGUCGCCUGCUGCGGCGUCCAGCCCCGGGCUCACGGUGCCCAGCACCACCCUCCGCCCGCGGCUCCGUCUGUCCCGCCAGGGGAAAUCAAGAGGGAGAGGCGGCGGUGGAGGCGUGGGCGGCGGCGUGGGCGGCGGCGUGGGCGGCGGCGUGGGAGUGGGCGGCGGCGUGGGAGUGGGCGUGGCAGGACUGCAGACCAUGGAUUUGCCGCUGACAGGGAAGGACAUGUCCCUCCUGAACACUGCUGACACUGACGGGUACUUCUCUGACGGCGAGCAGAGCGAUUCGGACAUGCGCUCCGGCGGACGCAAGCUCCGCUUGUCACAGUUGCAUUCUGGGAACGAGGACCUGCUGAGAAGGAGCGUGUUGGCAUCCUAAAGUGCUGAGACUCAAAUGAACACACACAAACAUGCAGUUAUCCAGGCAGAGUCCUGCUGGCUAAUUGUUUCUCCAUCUGUGCCCAGUACAAAGUCUACAACACAUGGCUGGAUGGCGUUUUGCUACCAAAUUCUUGUCACAUGUACCAGAGGAAUUUCUCUCAGCUCUUAACCUGCGUCGUGUUUUGGGGGAACUUGAAUGUAGCCAUUUGCCUCAUACAGCUUCUCCACCGGACACUUUGCCCUUAGCGCCCACCCGGCACAAUGCGUUCAACCAGUACCUGUAAGCUGUUGUCUUUGUGUCUCACCUUCAUUUGGACUCUGGGUGUUGAAGAACCCAGUACGGCCUCGUGUCUGUGGUUUCUGCCAGACUUGGGAACAAACACUUUGGGGCAUUAUUGUUAUUCUUCAAGCUGGUUUCAGGGUCUGCUUCACGUUUGGCCUUUUAUGGCCUGAGAUUCAUCCAAUGAGUCCUUGUUUCCGUGAAUACGUUCAAUAGAAAGACGAGUUGCUCUGAAUAUGUACCAGCGUCGACAUGGAACGUGUCCAGCCUUGAGAAGCACAACUAGCUAGUCAUAAGAGCUGUAAUGGAAGCACUCCUUCAGGGCCGGGUCCGACCUCGCUGUUGUGUUGUCUUAGACAGACUUCAUGUUCAGAUGAAGGUCGGGACCGACCCCGGCCCUGUCGCACGACACACAAACACACAGUCACAGACACACACACACACAAACCAAGCAAAGCCCUUUGUUAGUUGCUUUCAAAUUCUUCCAUUUGAUUUUUCUCAGCUUAAAUGUUGAUAGAAAUGAAAUAAUAAUGAAAUAAUGAUAGAAAUUCUGUGCCUUGUGUCGCUCGCCCUGUGCCCCCGUCUCCCUCACCAAACAAUCAAAAGUGGGCCUCGUGCCUGUGAAACCCUGGCCUGGCCACAAACAACCUGCGUGUUCACUGUCAGUGGAAAGUUGAGCAAAGCUCUUUAUGCAAAUAUGUGGAGGAUCAGAGAAAGUGAGUUUACUAUCGACCAAACACCGUUUCCACGUGUGUGAGCGCCCAAUCAGACGAUCAAUCAGUCGCUUCUCAAUCGGAUUUACAAUCAAACCAAAAGGAAACCCUUCCCAAGUGUAGCCAACGUCGGGCUUCUUGUCACCUUAAUAAUUGCCUAGUGCCUGAAACGCAGCCUUUGCAGUCAAUCAACAAAGCGCCUGCAAAUGUUAGGAACACGGAGCCAGAGAGAAAGUGCUGGUGUUCCUCAUGACUCAGCCGCUUCAGUCCAGAUCUAUCGGUGAACAGAGCUUGGCCCGGUCACCUGUCAUUCCUGACUAGCAUCGUAUCUCCAGACGGUUCCCACAUAAACUAUGACUUUUGUAUUUUGUGGAGCCUGAUUCCUCCACUGAAUCAUUAAUAUUUUAUUUUUCCCAAUUGCAGUCUCCUAAUUUGAACUUUGUUAAAAAUAUUAAGUGGUUAACAACCCGGUUCUCUGUGGGCAGGUUCUCCACCUUCUCUGCCGUGGCCAAGCUCUCGUAACCGGUGCCUCCGCUGCAGCCUCGUCCUCCCGGUAGAUGAAAAAUGACCACAUAAUAAUCAGCUUCUUACGCUCCUCAAUUGAGUUGUUUGUAAAUUUGUUUUGUUCUCUCAGAGUUGUAUUUUGUACGUAAAGCAGUCCAUGAUAUUCUCAGGGGUUAAAAAAUUUUAAAAAAGAAUAAACGAUUCAAAAAUGUAUUGAAAAAGCGACGUACGACAUAGAUACAAUAUAUCGACACAUAUUUUAUAACAUAUACAGUAUAUCAAUGAAAUAGUGAUGCGUGUAGUCCUACAUGAGCACUACUGAGCAUGCUACUCCCAGUUUGACCAUAGGAUGAGCAGCCCUGCGAACGACGGCUCACUGGGAGACUGGUCAACCAGAGCCGAACCGCCCGGAAGCAGCACACGCGAUUCUGUUGUACCCAGGUCUGUGAACGUGUCCAACCUGCUUCCUCCGUCAUUCCUCGUGAAGUGACCACACCAAAGAACAGAUCCGACCGUUCACACCUUCUGUGCAGGUGAACGUGUGCAGAGGAGGAUGUUAGAUGAGGAUGUGACACUGUCCAGGUCAGUUCAGCCCGUCUCUGGUGGGAACGCCUGCAUUCACUGGGUUCACGUAGGAGAAGCCUGCUGGUAGAGUACUGAGGUGGCAACUCAGCAAAAAAGCCAAAUGCUGCUGAACUGAACACACACACACACACACACACACACACACACACACACACACACACACACACACACACACACACACACACACACACACACACGUCAGAGCUGGUGUAACAGGGUUAAAUGUACAAGAUGAUAGUUUUUUAUGUAAAUGUGGUGAGUGGCUCAGAGGGAGAUGGCCCCUGACAGCAGCAGAGUAUUAUUCCAGGGGACAGAGCCUCGUCUGUCUCCAUGUCCUUCAGGUGUAGUCGUCGUAGACGAUCCUCCGUCUGUAAAAAGCCUUCUCUGAAAGGAAAGCAGGUUUUCUGUCUAAGUGUGCAAAGUACUGUCUGAAGCAGCUGCUGAGUUUGUGCUAAAGCAAACAUUUAGGACAGGUGGACGGUUCUGGACUUCAACGCCGGCUGCCUCCAUCACAACCCGCACGGACACCGACCACCACAACACAUACAGCAACAAUAGCAGCUACAUGAGCUGAGGCUCGAAGGAGGAUCAUUACAGUCCACAGAAUCCUCCACUAGUGGCUCGUACCUUCCAUGUGUUAAGACAGAACAAUAUACUCUUGGUUUCAAUAUUCAAUGUUCAGAGUAGCCUGACUGUGUAGACGGUGGUGUUAGAAAGGCCUCGUGCGGCCUGGACAUGUAGUAGCUCCUGCUAAGGCUCCACAGAGCUGGAAGAACCUCCCACUGUGUGAUCUCCUGCAGGACGUUUUGGAGGCGAGCUCCUGCUCCUGACUUACAUUUCAACCCUCCGGCUCCAACGUGGAGCCGUACUGGAGAUUUGCCAGUUUCAUAAUUGCAGUGGAGGUUUUUCUGUGAUGUUUGUGCAGCUUUAGCAAACACAAACUGGUUAUUAUUUGAUAUUUACACUGUGGCUCCAACGCCACCUCCUUCCGCUUCGUAGACACUGUAGACUGGAGUCUUCUAAUCAACUAGAAGCAGCUUCAGAGCAUCACUGUCCUGUGUGAGUGUUGGCUCACGGCCUCAAACGGGCUCUGAUGCUCUCACAGCGUUGCGACUCUGUCAGGCUGAAUAUUUACACACGAUGAUUUUGCUGUAGAACUAGCAGGUCAGCUGCCGGUAAACAGAAGCUCACCUGCGAAGCGCCGGCCGCUCUCUGCUGCACUGACAGGUCGUAAACGCCCGGAGGCGUCACUGCACCGACGGCCCGGCUUCCUCUCGGCCGAGCACAGAUCACGCGAAUGAUGAGCACCAGGACGGAGGAAGCAGCCGCCAAAAGCAAAGCUGCUGGAGCCGUUUGGGCUCCGCUGCCUCGGUCUGAACGUGAUCAGCUGGGAGGUUGAGAGGAAGCGGUGGGCACGAAGAUGCUGUUCAUACAAUGUUUCUCUUCCUCUGUGGUUGCUGCUUCAUCCAGUAGAGAGUGGUUUGAGGCUGCGUCCGGUCAGUUCUGACACCGUGGUCCGGUUCUGGCUUUACUGUCCGGUACCAGUCUGACAAAUCCACUCGCCCACAUACUUACCUACCGCUGGAGUUUAUAUACAUCUACAAUAAUGUACAAUACUGUUCAACUACUACUACAUUACUUUUCCGUGUUUUGAAGCCUUUGCAAGCUGUUUUUUUCUUUGGCAACGCUUUAGCGACGCUGCGGUCGUAUCAGACUAGGAAACUCACUCAUUAUCUGUUUUUACUGCUCCUCUGAUACGGUUCUGAACAUAGACCCCCGACCCGCUCAGACUGAAGGUUCACUGUAUCUCAGGCUGGAGACGCUGUGGAGGCAGAAACCUGCUGGUCUGUGGAGUUCAAACGGAACCAGUGGAGUCGAAGGUGAAUCUGAGGCCCGUCGUCAGUAAAGUCAAACACGAUGAAACGCGCCUGUGCUAUUUGUAGUCAAUCAUUUAAUGGUUUUGCUGUGAUAAUCAAUUAAUUAUAGUCGACUGAGUCGUUUUGUUUCCAAAUAAUCACAUUCAGUUACUGAUUGAAACCAUUUUCAGUUCAUAGACAAAAUAAGUGAUUAAAAAGUGUUGAGGUGCAAGAAACCAAACCAAAUGUCUGAACUAUGAAAUACAAUUAAGAAUAAGCUGAUUUGAGAAGCUCAGAGUAUAUUUAAUGAGUUAUACAUAAUAAGUACAGAAGACGUUUUAAAAUCACAUUAGAGAGUGAAGGAACGUGAAGAAGCAGACGUUUGGUUUCAGUCGGAGGCUUCACCUGCUGAGCUUCAGUGAAGUCUCUCGUCUUCUGCCUCCAGAGCAGCUCCGUCGGCACGAACGGCACCUUACUCUGCUUCCGCCAUCCAGCAUCUUCCUCCUCCCUGCUCGCUCCUCACCCUCCUCCCGCCACCAGCUCCGUGCCCCCCCCCCCUCCCGUCAGGUGAUCAGAAGUACAGGACGAUCACAACCAAGAAAAUGUUCGCUUUUAUCAAGUUUGGGUCUGUAGCUUUAAGGACAAAUAACGACAGGCACGUGUUGGGGAGGAAACGUUGCUUUGCAUUGGCCUGGAGAGAGAGAGAGAGAGAGGGAGAGAGAGAGAGAGAGAGAGAGAUGCAGCGAAGGGAAGAAGCAGAACAGGAGGGGGACGUUUUCUGAAGCUGAGCCAGAGAGAACAACUUGUUCUUUCCCGUGUCCACACAGUCAAGUUAACAAGCAGCUAAUAUAAACAGCACAGACCCUCCCCUCCUCUCGCCCUCUCGCCUCCUCAUCUCCAUCUUUCUCUCUCUGCACCGCCGGGUCUCCAUCCAACUAUUUCCUUUAUGAACCGUAACAAUUGAAUCAGGAAGGCAGAAUAGAAAUGGGUAAAAAUUUGCAUUAAAUGGCACGAACUGCCCGGAACACAGUUAUUAUUGUUAUCGACCGUGACUGUUAAUUUGAGUCAGUAGCAGCGGUCAUAAAAAGCUCAGAGCUAAACUGACCUGGCCUCAGGUCGCGUCUGUGUCCUGAUCCAUUAACUCUCUGCUCCCACGUCCAACAUGAACCAAACUCUAUCAUUACAUGAGUGCGUUGGAUGAUUAAAAAACAAUCCAAAUGUUUUAUGUAUGUUCUUGGAAAGGUCCCACUUUUGGUUCCUCCCUCUGGGUCUAAACGUUCCUUCACGUCUGGUUCUAGCAUCAGGACGUAAAGCUGAGGUGAGUGUAGAUGUGGAUGUGUUUGACUGACGUCAACAUUAAUGUAGGUUCAGUGGGGAAGUCAAAACUAAAAAUCACAGGGAAGCGUGUGGGAAUCAGUUUUAUGAAGGACUUUAGCAGCAGAUGUAAAUGUAAUCUGGAUAAAUCACGUCUAGACGCAUGCGUGAGGAGACGCGCUCUGCUUUCUUCCUUUCUCAUCAGACGAGGUGUUGAAUGCAGGUUUACAGUUCAGUGAGUGUGGAUGAUGGAGGUGAGUGUUCGAGCGGUGACCCCCCGCGGCUUCAACAGUCACAUCACAUGCACCACGGCCAACACACGGUCGCACAACUUAGAAAUGUUACAGCCCCAGUUUUUUCCUCUUGGACCAGAACCCAGAACCAAUUCAGCCAGUUUACUCUGGCUCGGCUCUGAAGCAGGUCCCGUCUCGUGUUUCUGUGUCUCCUCCCGUCCUCCGUGUCUCAGGCUCUUUCUGAGUCUCAUUAACAACAAAAUAAAAGCUGCCUUCUCACGUCUCCUGACCUGCAGGUUUUAAUCAGAUUUAGUCAAUCAAGACUGAGCAAACUUAUUCAAACCCUCUUCUUGGAGGACAGAUGAAUAGCGUUUCCACUUAAAGCCCUUGUUUUCUCUCAGCACAUUUUUAAAUCGUUGGACGUCAUCGCCCUCAUUCAGGCGUGAUUCACCUGUCAAUCAUCCAGUCAAAGCAGAGCAGCUCCCGCCUCCUGUCUUAUUUGUCCUUAUGAAGGUGUGUAGAACCUCUGCCGUCGUGUCCGGUCGCUCCUCCACGCAUCGGUUCUUCAAUACAAUAAUAUGAAUGUUGCAGGAGUUAAUCCUUCUGUAUUCUUUGUUUCAAAGAAUGUUGUGCCAUUUGUUAAUAGCGAAGAGAACUAUUGAACAUAAUACAAUAUGAAAAAGAAGAGCUAUCUUAAAUUAUUUUUGGCUUUUUUUGCUAUAUUUAUUUUCUUGUAUUAGAAUCUUCUUUGUAGGAGGGAAAACAAUUUCAAAAAAUGUAUUUUUCAUUAGUGCGAAAAACCUAUUUUCUUCCUUUUUGUACAAUUUCAAUGUUUUAAGCGAGACGUUGAAAAGCAAUAUGAUGAUGACGAUGUUCCUGUGACUGUAUCUGCAUGCUGUUUGUGUUGCCUUAAUGACGGCUGCAUCCCCCUUCCUCAACCCGUCUCAUUCCAGUCUGACCCAGUCCCAGCUCUCACCCUCAUCUGAUGGAUUCCCAGUCAAACCAAUCCAGUCCAGUCCAGUGCAGUCAAUAAAGCAGUGCUUUCUGUGUACACAA